CAGCAAACCAAGUCACUCUUCUACACCCGUACAUAGGUUGCUGCUUUGGGUGGGUUUGAUAAAGCUAGAGCCAAAAUGAGCAAGCCUGUGAAGAUUGGACCAUGGGGUGGGAAUGGUGGCAGCGAGCGUGAUGUCCAGCCAAAGCCCACCCGUAUGGUUAGUGUGACCGUCAGUAGCGGAGCUAUCGUUGACGCUAUUGCAUUCACCUAUGUGGGCACCGAUAACGCUGAACACUCUUCCGGCAUCAAGUGGGGUGGCACUGGCGGCACGGAAGAUACGAUUAAUCUAGACGCUACCAACUAUGUGACAGAAAUCUCUGGGACGGUGGGUAAAUUUGGGACUGACGAGAUUGUAACCUCUCUUAAAAUUGUCACAUCCAAGGGGGUUACCAAGACAUACGGCUCAGGUACCGGUACUCCUUUCCGCGUCCCGGUGCUUGACGGUGGUAAGAUCGUCGGCUUCUUUGGACGCGCCGGUGCCUUCCUGGACGCGAUUGGGUUCUACAUUUCUCCAUGAAUGGUUGGUUGAUGCACACUUCUUGGCUGGCCACCUAGCCAAUGAAGGAAGGAGUGUGUACCGUACGUGACAUAGUACUGGCAGCAUCUGCUUGCUAGAAUAAAUAAACUUGCAAGUGCUUUGCAUGGCACUUUUGCAUAUGUGUGUGAUAAUGUGUGACGCCAUGAUCCUCAAGUCGUGGGAUGGCACGACAAGUGUGUGAGGAUCCUACGUUGCGCAGGUCUUCUGGCUAGUUAUUAGCUGAGGCCAUGCAUUGCGUUCUAAAGGCGCACAUGUUUGAAUAAGAGAAGUUUGUUGCAAGGCUUGUUCUAGUGCAACCUGCUCACCCGGAUUUGACA